UUGUUAUAUAGAGAAAAAGUAGCGGAAAAUGCAGGUGCUCUCCCUCUCCCGAAGCCCCGUCCGCCGCGAUCAAUUCUUCUUCUGUUUAUCGGUUAUAAUCUUCUUAAAGUGUAUAGCUGAGAGAUUCCCUUAUCUCUUCCUCCUCCUUGGCAUCAACUGGCUUGUUCCUUCGUUGCUGCUCAGUUUUCUCACGCAAUUGCGGGGUUUCUUCAAUAAUGCCCUGUUUGUCCCUGCCGCUGGGGCUGCAAAUUCGAGCGUGGUUGCGGGAUUACGACAGGAUUCAAUCAAUUUCCGUUUUCCUUAUCUACAUCCAAGUGUGCAGAUUGGUUGCUCAUUGUUGGGGUCUCUGGGAGCGUUGUUCAAUGGCGUGCUGCUGAUUAAUUUGGUGAUCGCUCUCUUUGCACUUGUUGCUAUUGAAAGCAGUAGCCAGAACCUUGGACGCACCUAUGCAGUGCUUCUUUUCUGCGCGAUCUUGCUUGAUGUUGCGUGGUUUAUACUUUUCUCGCACACGAUAUGGAACUUUGGUUUAGAAAAAUAUGGGCCAUCCUUCAUAUUUUCUGUUAGACUGGCAUUUUCAAUGCAAAUCAUUGGUUUUUCAGUGAGGUUCUUGUCCUCGUUCCUGUGGAUUCAGAUGUAUAGACUGGGGGCUACAACAGUUGCGAAUUUGGGCUAUCAAGAAAUAGAUUUUCAUGCGACAAAUGAUUAUAUAUAUCCUGCAUCUAAUGCAAUAGCAAGACAGGACUCUAAUUCCAGUGAUAUACUAGGUGGGUCCAUAUAUGACCCGGCUUAUUAUUCUUCUCUUUUUGAAGAUGCCCAAGACAAUUGCAUCCAGGAGGGUGGCAAGAAAAUCAUUGGUCAGGAUUGGGGUUCUACAUCAUCUACUGGAUCACCUCAACUCAAAUCAUGCAUUAGCAGAUCAUUCCAGACUUAUGUUGGAAGUUGAUUACUCUCCAUAAGGAAUGAAUUUCAUUUUUGUAGCAAGAGUUUUUAUCGAGCGGGCCGCAGCUGUAGCAUAGACUGGGCACUGUGCGGUCACCCAUUUUUUAAGGAUAAUAAUCACCCGUUGAAGAAAGAGUAUCUUAUGAGCAGAAUGGAGCAAUUUUCUUUCAUUUUUAACCAUCAACUCAAAAUGCUGUUGCAUGAAGCGAAGUAUAUGGCAAAAUGAUGGAUGGUCAUGGGUCGACAUUCAGGCUCAUUUGGGACAGCUUUUUUAAUGAUUUCUAAAGCAUUUUUUUAGUACAAAAAUUUCUAGUUCAAAAAAUUUUUGUACAGAAAAUUUUUUACAGAAAUUUGUAUUAGAAAAUUAUUUUAGAAAAUAGUAAAAAAAUUAUUCCAAAGCUGAUGUUAUUGUGCCGAGUGCCCCAUUUGCUUACUGAAAGGGUGGUUUUUCCAGUGAAAAGAACAAAGAGUUCUUUGAAAAUGAUUAUGUUUUCGGCUUGUUAUGUUUUGUUCAGCUUAAUUCAUACUUCUUAUAAAUAUUUAGUUAGUGUAGAUCUGCUGGCUUUAAGUUUUAGCCAAACAGGAAAGCUUUAUAGGAAAGCUUGAUUGAGGCUUUCUUCUCUUCUCAUUUUGAUAAUGAAUCUGGUUAUUCUUUUUUGGUUA